AAACAAGCAAUCAUCGAUUGAGUUCCAUUCUUCAAAAAGAAGCGAUCGUCUCCACAUCAACAAAAUGUCGUCAAUCGAAUCCACGGAAUCCACCAAAACCCCUGCGGCGACGCCACCACGCUUCUGGUUUGAUCGCUUAUGCUUGUUACGCCGACGUGAAGACCCACAGUCAUACUCACCAUGGCAGAAACAUCUCAUCGUGGCCGUGAUCACCCUCUCUGCUUUCACCGCACCGUUCGCAUCCUGCAUUCUCUUCCCCUCGUUCACCACUCUCGUGGAACACUUCCACACGACGGAGACGCAGGUAGCGCUCACCACGACCGUAUUCCUCUUAGGGCUAGCCGUGGCACCCCUGUGGUGGAGCACGCUCAGCCAGCAAUACGGCCGCCGGCCAGUCCUAGUCGCCAGCUUCAUCCUCUCAACCAUCGCAGUGAUCGUCUGCGCCGUGUCUGACUCCCUCGCGCUGAUGAUCGUAUUCCGCUUGAUCGAGGCGCUGGGCUGUUCCUCCGCCCAGAGCGUAGGUGCGGGCGUCGUCGGUGACGUCUUCCCGCCGACGGAGCGCGGAUCGGCCCUGGGAUGGUUCUACCUGGGCACGCUGAUCGGGCCCCUGCUGGCCCCCAUCAUUGGUGGUGCGCUCCAGGUCUGGCUAGGAUGGCGCUCGAUCCUCUACUUCAUGGCCAUCUUCACCUCCGGCGCCGCCAUCAUCACCACGCUCUGCCUCCCAGAGACAGUCGCCAAACCCGCUGCGAGCCACGAGACCCAGCAGCAGCAGCAGCAGCGGCGGUGGUACCAAGCCCUCAAACGAGACGCCGUUGCCCCGCUCUCCAAACUAAAAUUUCUGCUCGUCCCCUCCAUUGCCCUGACAAUCGCCUACAUCAGCAUCUGCUUCGCCAGCCUGUACUGCUUCAACACGACCCUGCCGUACGCCUACGCGGCGAAGCCCUACGACUUCUCCCCAAUCGAGAUCGGCCUCUGCUACAUCAGCAACUGCCUGGGGUACGCGAUCGGCAGCCUCGUCGGCGGCAAGCUGAGUGAUGCGCAGCUGCGCCGGUACCAGGCCGCGCACGGGGGCACGAGCCACCCGAUCGCGCGCCUGCGCACGGUGUGGUACGGGGUGGGGUUCGUGCCCGCCGGGCUGGUUGUGUACGGGUGGCUGGUCGAGCGCCAGGUGUUUUGGGUGGCGCCACUCGUCGGCGCCUUUCUGUUCGGGCUGGGGCUGAUGCUCGUCACCUCCACCGUCAUGCCGUUCCUGGUGGAUGUGCGGCCCGGCGCGGGGGCGGCCGUUGUCGCGGAUCUGAACCUGGUAAGGAAUCUGCUGGCUGCUGUUGGCACGGUGGUUUCGCCGAUCGCGGCUCAGAGUAUUGGGUUUGGCUGGUGGAUGACGAUUCUCGCGGUGCUGUGCGCGUUGGCGGUGGGGUUGUUGGGGGUUGUUGUCUGGAGGGAGGCUGUCGAGGGGAAGGUGCAGGUGGAUAACGAGGUCGUUUGAGCUUUCUUUGUUUUGGCCUGUUGGCUGUGGGAUUGUAAAUACUCGAUAGAUUUUGUGUUGAACCGAUUUGG